AGGGCGGGGCCCGCCGCGGUCACGUGAUGUUUGGGUGCCCGGCGGCACGGCGCAGCCUCCCGGCGACGGGCGCGCGGCGGCAGAUAGACGAGGCCAUUAGCUCUCUGCAGUGAUUUGCUUUGGAUUACUUGGACUCAAGAGUCCCAUGGUAAUCCACAAACCACCCAGAAGUGCUAAUGUGCUUUUGGCCAGCCUGCCUGUUGAGCUGCCAACCCUUUUAUCUUCCCCAACAACUGGAAUGCAGCUGAUCCUGUAAAAAGAUUAGAAGAAAAUCUUGUGUGACCAGGGGAACAGGACUUAGGAAGCAGUUGGUCUGAAGUGUAACCCUGCAUCCCUUGCUAUCUAGAAAAUGUCUUAUGGAUCCAUUGAUGGGAGUGGCUUUGGGAGCAGGAAUCCUUUUGGAGGCCCUUCGAGACAAGGCUAUCAACCUCUUGCCACCCAGAUUGAUCCCAGUGAACUACAGGAACUUUUUCAGGAGACUUCAGCCAAUGUCUUCAGAAUUAACUCCAAUGUGACCUCUCUGGAAAGAAGCCUUCGAUCUCUGGGGACCUCAAAUGAUACUGAAGAGCUGCGGGAUGGACUGCAUGCAACCCAGCAGGAGACUAAUAAAACCAUCACGACUAGCACCAAAGCCAUCAAGCAGCUGUCUGAGGUUGUCAGAGGCUCAUCCAGGCAGGAGCGACUUCAACUGGACAGGCUGAAAAACCAACUGUCUGAUGCCAUCCAGAGAUACGGAGCUGUGCAGAAGAAAAUAGCAGAGAAAUCCAAAGCUUUGCUUCCUACUGGGCAGAGAAGUGCCAAACAGCAGAGUCCUAAGGCUCCUUUCUCUGACUUACCUGAUGGUGAGAAGAUCUUUAAUGGAGGAGAUGGCACAUGGCAGAACCAGAGCCAGGAUCAAGCCUUGCUCUCAGAAAUUACAGAAGAGGAUCUGGAGGCCAUCCGUCAGCGGGAAGAGGCCAUUCAGCAGAUUGAGAGCGACAUGUUGGAUGUGAACCAGAUCAUUAAAGACCUGGCCUCCAUGGUGCAUGAGCAAGGAGAUGCUAUAGAUAGUAUUGAAGCCAACAUUGAGACUGCAUCUUCUAAUGUAGAAUCAGCCAAUGAGCAGUUGGCAAAAGCCAGUCAGCACCAACUACGAGCCAGGAAGAUGAAGUGCUGCCUUCUCUCUGUCGCAUUGGCUGUCCUGCUGUUCAUUGUCAUAAUCAUCACGGUCUCGGUCAAGCACUGAUCUGGCUGCAGUUUCCACAGAGCCUGUGAUCACCCUGUUGAAGUGGAAUGGACUCUCAAGGCAUUUCACAUUCAGACCCUACAUCGAUGUCUGCUUUACUGAUCACGCUGUAUUAAAACUGCUAUAGUCAACAAACGCUGAUUGUAUGAAAGAAAAGCUAAGUUUUAUACUAUGUGUUAGCAUAAUUGUGAAUAAUUUUUCCUUUUUUAUUUCUCUUCAUUUGCAGAUAUGUUUUACUUUAUGUCACAAGUUUUAAUUAUGUCCCCUGUGUAUCUGGGGAAAGCUAUUUUUUUGCCUCCAGAUUUGGCAUACAGUGUGCUGUAAGAUCUGUAGUUGUUCAUUGAUCUUUGCUGUUUGUGUUUUUAACAUGCUCCCUGAUCUACAGUUCUGCUCACUUAAAACCAUGAAAAUUUGA